AUGGCCGACUACGAGCAAUCCACGCUCAAACAUAACGAGCAUCUUCUGCUGGACCAACCGCUCCUACGCCUCCCACACGAGCUCCUCCGCAAGAACUUCCGUUCCGCCCACUUCAUAAUCGAAAAAGACACAUCCACACUCAAGACACUGCUCAAAGACUCCGCAACAGCCGCCGUGUCCGGCCGAGCCUCACAGCAAGAUGUCCUCCGAAACAUCGACGCAAUGAUUACCCGAAUGCGGGGAGUAAAGCGUAAACUCACCACAUAUGCCGAAGAAGAGGCCAGAUUACACCAUCAGACGGCCGCACGCAUCACACACCUCGACGAACUGUACUCCAUGCGCAGUGUAGACGACGUCAAGUACGAAGGAUGGAGUCGACGACGGCUGGACCGUCUUCUAGCAGAUUACCUGCUCAGACACGGGUUCAACCAGAGUGCCAGCGAACUAGCCGACGAAAAGGACAUGCAGGACCUCGUCGACGUCGAGACCUUCGUAAACAUGAGCCGUAUUCGACAGGCUCUCCUAAACGGCAGCGUCACCGAAGCCCUCGCCUGGUGUACAGAUAACAAGAAAGAGCUGCGAAAGAUGGAGAGCAAGCUAGAAUUCAUGCUCCGUCUCCAGCAAUACGUCGAGCUAAUCCGCACGCAAUCCGAGCCCAAGCUUCUCGAAGCCAUCGCCCACGCCAAAAAGUAUCUCAUCCCCUACUGGAAGACCUACCCCAAGGAAGUAUCCCAAUCAUGCGGCCUGCUCGCCUUCCCGCCCGACGGCCCCUCAUCAUCUGCCUACGCCAGCUAUUACAAACCCUCCCGCUGGACCGACCUAGCAGACCUCUUCACCACCGCCCACAACAACCUCCUCGCCCUACCGUCCGUUCCACUCCUCCACGUCGCCCUCUCCUCGGGUUUGUCUGCUUUGAAAACCCCGGCCUGUCACUCGUCGGCCGCGCACCACGGAGAAGGCACUUCGACCCUCGGACAUGGCGUCUGCCCUAUUUGCUCGACUGAGUUGAACGAACUGGCUAGGAAUGUGCCCUACGCACACCAUACCAAGAGUCACGUGGAACAUGACUUGAUGCUCUUACCGAAUGGGAGAGUGUACGGAUCACAGAGAUUGCAGGAUCAAGCGAAGAAGGCGGGAUUACCACCAACGCUGGUGAAGGACAUCCAAACUGGGGAGAUUUAUCCUGCCGAGGGGUUGAAGAAGGUUUACAUCACGUAG